AUGGCGGUGUCCCUUUUUUGCGGAGCUUUGCUGUUUGUCGGCCUCUGGUCUGUAUUCGCUGGUCUCUGGGCCGGGUUGGUUGACCUCCAACCAUGGCCCAUUCAAAGGCCCCUUUUAACCAACCCAUUGGAUGCUUGGAUUGCAAAGGAAAGCUCGUAUGCGCUACAGGCACUCCUAGCCAAUAUUGGGGCCGAAGGUGCAAAGGUAAAGGGCGCAGUUGCCGGCAUUGUUGUUGCAAGCCCAAGCAAGGAGGAUCCCGAUUACUUCUACACUUGGACUCGAGACGCGUCUUUGGUAUUCAAAGGUCUCGUGGACGCCUUCAUUUCCGGGGAUACUAGUCUGCAAUCGAAAAUCCAUGAAUUUAUCAGCGCGCAAGCUCAUCUUCAGACUAUUUCUAACCCUUCUGGAGGCCUAUCAUCCGGUGGCCUUGGAGAACCGAAAUUCGAUGUCAAUAUGUCAUCGUUCAAUGGCAACUGGGGUCGUCCCCAAAGAGAUGGCCCGGCCUUAAGAGCAACGGCAAUGAUUUCUUACGGAAAAUGGCUUAUUGCAAAUGGGUACGCUAAUACCGCGAGGAUGAUUGUUUGGCCUGUUGUGCAAAAUGACCUAUCCUACGUGGCGCAGUUCUGGAGCAGUCCUGGCUUUGAUCUUUGGGAAGAGGUUGACGGCAUGUCGUUUUUUACGACGGCAGUGCAGCAUCGUGCUCUUGUCGAAGGUUCCAGAUUCGCGCGCCAGAUAGGACUCAGAUGCCCGAGCUGUGAAUCCCAAGCUCCCCAGGUCCUCUGUUUUAUGCAAAACUACUGGACAGGGUCGUAUAUCAACUCCAACACCGGUGGUGACCGCUCUGGUAAAGAUACUAACUCCAUCCUUGCAAGUAUCCACACUUUUGACCCUGAGGCUUCAUGUGAUGACUUGACAUUUCAGCCCUGUUCUGCGAAAUCGUUAGCAAACCACAAAGUGGUAACGGAUUCUUUCCGUUCAAUAUACCCUUUGAAUCAUGGCGUCUCAGCAGGUUCAGCUGUUGCUGUCGGUCGAUAUCCCGAAGACGUUUACUUUGGUGGAAACCCUUGGUAUUUGAGCACUUUUGCCGCAGCAGAACAGCUUUACGAUGCCAUCUACCAAUGGCAGCGCCUUGGUUCCAUAUUGAUCACCGAUGUAUCCAUCCAUUUCUUCAAAGAUAUUUACGCUUCUGCGGUGGUGGGAACUUACCCGUCUUCCAGCGCGACGUUCAAAUCUAUGAUAGAGGCAGUGAGGGAUUACGCGGAUGGAUAUUUGGCUGUUGCACAAAAAUAUACCCCCGUUUCCGGCGAACUAGCCGAGCAGUUUUCUCGAGAUGACGGAACCCCUCUUUCAGCCUCCGAUUUAACGUGGUCAUACGCCUCGUUCCUGACUGCUGUUUCCCGGCGUAAUUCAAGUGUCCCGGACCCCUGGGGCCAGACAGCUGCUAGUAGCAUCCCGUCAACUUGUCAAAUUACAUCAGCCACGGGACCUUACCGCACAGCAACCAAUACCAAAUGGCCUUCAGAUCUUACUAGCAUCUCGAGAACGACUUCAUUCUCCAACGGACUCACGGAAACUAAAAUCACUGCUACUUCAACCACUACAUCUACAUCCCCAUGUGUCACCCCUGACUCAAUCCGGGUUACAUUCAACGAAGUCGCCACAACGACCCCUGGACAGAGGAUCUUCAUAAUUGGCUCUGUUCCAGAGCUCGGGUCUUGGGACGUUCAAUCUGCAAUUGCGCUCUCCGCAGACCAGUAUACCGAUGACAAUCGUUUAUGGCAUCGAACUAUUCAAUUGGGUGCAGGGCUGGAUUUCGAGUAUAAGUACAUUCGUAAGGAACCGGGCGAGAGUGUUGUGUGGGAGAGUAAUCCUAAUCGCUCUUAUACCGUCCCACGGGGUUGCAAUAUCUACACAGCAAAAAGAGACGAUGUUUGGCGUUGAUUAUUAUUAGUGAGCGUUUCCGUACGGAAAAAUGCAAAUUUCCUCUACUAUAUUGUUAGAUAAGGACUGAGAUGGAUCAGGGCUUAGCAUGCGAACAGAAGCUAAUGCGAUUAUGCAG